UGUGGUGGUGGCAACCAAAUGCAGCUCGCCACACGGACGGAUCGAUCGCAUUCCGGUGCAAUUUAUGUGCGUCGGAUGAUAGACAACGCGCGUGGCGUCUCGACGAGCAGGAUCAGUGGACAGACACCCUCUACCACCCUCUUAACCAAGUCGACGGUCUUUCCAGCUGGCUCACACAAAAGGCGGAGCCUCCAGCAGCUAAAAAUGGUGAGGGCGUUGGAUCUCGCCUUGGCGAGAGGCUUCGCCGCCGCCGGAUCCGCGCGGCACGCGCCCGGCACCGUCGGAGCUCUGCUCUUCGUCCUUGUGGCCGCGGUCGCCGUCGUGGCCAUCGCGGCGUUCGGCUGCGCCGACGACGGGAGGGCCAAGCGACGACGCCGCGAGCGCUGGGGCAGCGGCAGCGGCGCCGGCUACGGAGGUGAUGGCGGUGGCGGCGGCGGCUGCGGCGGCGGUGGAGGCGGCCACGGAGGCGGUGGGGGCGGCGGUUAAGGAGUUGAGCGCGUCAGGCGACGGACGUUGCUGCAUCCUGCCUGCCUCUGCCUGACGGACGACUCGGCUUACUCUGCUUCUCUUUAGAAUUUUCCAUGCCGUUCAAUGUGUUCAAUGUAUCUGCACUUGUGCAAUAUAUACCAGGUGUAAGGUACACAGUGCUGCUAUAUGUUUGUGAAGAUCA